GGUGAGGAGGAAACUUGCUCCACAGUCUCUCCACCUCUUCCUGCAAAAUGUUAGCUCUCUUUUGCACCAAUCACUUCGGGUCCUGAAUGAAAACAAGUGAGCAGCAGCGGAGCUGGGGUGUAGGAACUGCUGUGUUGAACAUCACUUCCUGACUCUGCUCCAAACCUCAUCAAUAAUCGCUCUCACCUCAUCUGAGCUACAGAGAGAAGCAAAAGCCGGCUGCCCGCGUUUCUUCAGCAAACCUAAGGCGCUCUUUCGGAGAGGCAGGACUGAGCACUCUGUUCAUUUCUGACAUCAUCGAGGAAAUACGCUUGCUUGCUAUUUUUUUUUGGCUGCUUUUCCCCUCCCUCCCCCGCCAGCUGCAGCAGUAUCUUGAUGGGGAAGCUGAUCUCCAAAGGCUGGCGGAAAAGAGAUGCUCGAGUUAUCAUGCUGGGGCUCGACUUUGCCGGCAAAUCCACCCUUCUGUACAAACUGAAGAGCGGCCAGGCUGUGGAGACCUGCCCCACGGUGGGAUUCAACGUGGAAUCUCUGCAAACACCCUGUGGCAUAUCUUUCACCCUCUGGGAUGUUGGUGGACAAGACAGCCUGCGAGCCAGCUGGCCCAACUACCUGGAGGACAUCAACACCCUCAUCUUCGUGUUUGACAGCACGGACAUGUCCCAGCUGGCCAAAGCGAUGGCAACACUGGAGGAGGCCCUGAGCCACCCCGGCAUGGCUGGCAUCCCUGUGCUGCUCCUGGCCAACAAGCAGGACGUGCCAGGAGCGCUGGCUCCUGCUAAGCUGGGGGAGAUGCUGCGGCUGGGGGGGCUGGCAAAGCACCGCUGGAUGCUCCGGGGCUGCAGUGCCCACACUGGCCAAGGCCUGCAAGAAGUCCUGGCCAUCCUGGGAAUGCUGCUGCGGGGCUCAGAGCAGAGCUCCUUAUCCCAGGAGCAGCCCAUCACGGGGCUGGCAGAGAGGAGGUGAGCUCCAGAGCAAACCUGAACCUCAAUGGACCCUUCCCACUCACAGCUGCCAGCAGGUUUGUCACGGGGGAUUCCAGCCUCCAGACACCCCCUACAAGGAGCAGAGCUGGAGCUGGCACACACUGUGAAACACCCAGCUCCUCACUGCCAAAAUCCACCAGGAAGAUCUCUGAGCAACACUCCUGUCGUGGAGCAGUUUUGGCUGCAUCUCUUGGACUCUCAUCUCUGGCUGCAGCUCGUCCCACUGUCACCAUGUUCCACUCAUCCACCACUCAUGUGUGUCCAGAGGUUCAGCAAGGAUGUUUUUUUAACGCUUAUGAAUUAUAACAGAGAUGUGUGCAAGGGACAGAAGUUUUCUUCAUUCUGCAGCUCCCAGCCCAGAUGCACCUAUCCAGACGGGAUGAUCCCCACAUCGGGGGAGCUUGGAUGUGCCCCUUGCUGCUUCUGUCUCAGCAUGAAUCACAUGUUCAUUGGCUGGGAAUGCAGGAAGGCACUGAAAGGAAUGGCUGAUCAGGAGCAGCGUAAGCUCGGCAGUUCAAAUGGACAAGCAACUAAUUGGUUUUAGUGUGGCAUGUACAGGUAUAAUAAUCUUCAAGCCAUGGAAGCAAGCUGCGAUUUAAUGGUGUAGUGCAGUUCGAGGAUGUACGUAUAUUAAUUUAUGCUUUUCUUGUAAUGGUUCUUUCUUUCUCCAUUCAUCAUUUUUAUCAAAUAAUUAUUUCAUGGAAAUGGUCCUUCAUUUUCCUUGGAUUAUUUUUAAAUAUAAAGAAAUAAGACCUGACUUCAAGCUGCCUGGAAAUACGUCUCUAUAGCCAGUCAACCUCUAAAUAUCCUCAUGGUGGUCUGAACAGCCAAGACAAAACCCUGUCUCUCAGACUUUUGAAACUGCAUGAGACCACUCCACAUGCAUUGGUUGUUAACCAUGGGCACCUUUGGGCACAGGCAGGCUGGUGACCAAAGAUGUCUCCACACUCAGCUGUGUCCAGGGCAAAUGAAAACCUGGCAGCUCUUGGCAGGACCAGGUCCCAUGUGGUGGUGAUGGUCUUUGUCCAAUCCUGCUCAACCUACCAUUGGAAAGACCUAUAAAAUAUGUGACAAUAUUCUGUUAGCCAGAGUUAAAAUUAAAAUAUUUCAUAGUCCCUGCUUCAUUACUAAAUGAAUGUGGGAGGAAUAGGAUUAAACAUUUUUAUUUCUGUUUUCCAUUUCUGUUUCUAUUCAGAAAUCAGCUACUUUCAAGGAAUGGUAUACUCAGCCUAGAACAAUCAAGGAGAAAUACAUGGCAAAAUCCUCUUCUGUUCAUAGCAGAGCAUUUAACAGUUGUUAAAGAAUUAAUUGCCCAGCUGUUACUGGUGCUGUUAUUAGCCACACUUGGUAGAAGGCAGCAGCUGGAAUAGAGAGCUCAAAGUCACAAAGAAACAGAAUCAGACAUUUAUAGGAAAGUCCCAAUAAAAUAAUCCUUCCCAACUGUUUCAGCUGCAUUACUGUAGAACUACUACGGGCUAUAAAACAGUCCUGCAGCAUCGAUGUGACCUAAGCAACCACAAUUACAAGUGUAUUUAAACAGCACUGAAUCAUAGAAUUAAUUACAUGACCUGUGUGCAUGGUGAGGAGGACAAAAUCACAUCCUCAAAUCUUUGCAGGUGACAUAAGCUGAUCUACCUCCAGCUUGUUGCAGGUGGUCGUUUUUUGCCUCUAGCACACAAGGCUCCAACACACCUGUUGGCCAUUUUGGACAGGUGUUCUAGAGGCACAACAUGAAAGGUUCUGUGCUGCAUUGCCAUGCCAAAAAAAAUUUGUCCUUUUUGAGUUUGCUGGUGUUUUGGUCUUGUGUCUCGCAUGGUGCAAAACAGAGAAACGUGCAUUAAGGUAAAUUCAACAGAGACUGAAAGGCUGUUGUGGUGAUGUCUGCAUUUGACUCUAAAGGAUUGUUUGGUGGUAGUUAAAAGAGGCUCUGAAGCCUUCCCAUUUUCCUGAGUGUUUUUUAAGCUCUUAAAAACGAUAAAAAAUAGGCUCCUCUGGCAGCAAAUAGAGGUAACUGCCAGACUUUGGUAGACAUCACCAAUUAAAAAGGAAAACAGCAAGGUAGGAGGUGGGGAAGAAAGGGCAAUGGGAAUCCUGAUGAAGCAACAUUCCAGUUACUGAAAUUGUUCUCACUUCCCCUGAAGCAGUAAUUUGGCAAAACACCCCAUCUCAUGGGGCAUCAUGUGAUUUACCAUCCUUGUUUUCUAGGAUAAGGCUUUUCUGGACACUGGGUCACAUUACUCAGUCCAUUUUAUGCCAUUGUUCAGAGACUGUCAAAACAAUGAUGGGUUAUAAUAUUUGAAAUAGCAACACAGAGUAUACUUCUAAUGAUUUCUCUUUUCUCCUGUUUUGGACAGCUGCUAAAACAAGUCAGUCUAAUGAGCACUGCACUGCUCUAAUCAAAGGCUUGCAGGACACUCACCCAAUAAAUGCACUUAAAUGUUUCGGUGUCAAAACUCCUGCCUGGCUCAAAGGGAGCAGCAUGGCAGUCUGCAGGAAGCAGCUAGCUUGAAGGAGGGAAGUUUGUUACCUCAGUCCUGGCAAUUCUGCAGGAGAGCUCCUGCCACAUGGAGAUAUUAAGCCCUAAAACACCUCUACUUAUUGAUUUCAGCCAGGAGAGAACCCUCAAACUUAGUUUCCGUCUUCCUGGGCAUGUGAUCGAUGUCACAGUCUCGGCACUGAUUUACAGAAAUAGCACAGCUUCUCUCUGAAUAGCAGGUAAAAAGAAAAAUCCUUUGAACUUUGUUUCAGGUUCCUUACAAUUCGAAGCAUCCUUCAGGUUAUUUGUCCUAGAGCCCACUCUGGUUGCUCAAGAUCCCUUUUUAGAAACUUUUCUGGAUGCACUCUGGUGUGUAUUAACCUUUAUAGUGACAUCAGCAGAAUCCAUAAUUGUGCAUUAAUCUCCUCAGCCACCCCUCCACUGAUAUGAGCCCUACAGGUAAUUAUCUACCCUUGCUUGGAGCUGUCACAGCAGCCUCCCUGCCCAGCCCAUUAGCAACUCCAGCCCCUGGGCCUCCCAUCCCAUCUCUGUUUUGCAGGGAUCAUUGCAGUGGGAGUUACCAGCAUGCCUUGCUGUUUUUUCAAGGACACCAAGAUACCUCAUUGUUCUUUCACACUGUUUAUGAAAGGACAUAGCUUACUCCUCACCGAUUUAUUAACUUUUCUGUGGAACUGGUUUUUAAAUCAGCUUCCUGAGUAUGAACCCAGCACAGAUUUAUUUUUUAAUUCUUGUCAAAAAGUUUUCCAUCCACCUCCAGAGAGCAGGAAAGCAGCAAACUGGGGAGAAAAAAAAAACAAAAACAAACAACCAACAUUAAAACCAGGAAGGACGAUUCAUCUUUUCUUUUUCACCAGCACAGGAAGGGUGACUCACCUUUUCCCUGCUCUCUUCACAACUUCCAUGUUUCAGCCAGUCUGUGACACUAAACAGUUUCUACUUUGCACAGUAGCUGAUUUCUGCUGCUGGCAUUGUUGCUUUCUUUUCAGAUGCAGCUACGUGCCAUUUGUCCUGCAGCUUCUGGUGGAGCUUCCCUGAUGGGUUUCAGUGUUGCUGAAUGGGAUCAGAGGGGAACCAUGAGAUCCCAGGGCUGCAGGAUGAGGGCAUGGAUGGUUGCCAAAAGUAUUCAAAGAGGGAACAGGGAGGCACAGGGUGCACGAGAGGGAUCUGUGACCGGAUGUAACACCGGGAGGGGGAGUGUUUGGGCAGCAGCCAGAGACCUGGAAAACGCUCAGGAGAAGAAAGGUCAGUAAGAAUUUCUUUUAAGGCUACGAAGAGCUUUCUUUUCAGAUACAAUAUGGAGAAAAAAUAUUCCCCAGUUCCCCCCUUUUUUUGUUAGGAGACAGGCUGUAUAAUGCAGUGAAAUGUCUUAAUUUUUGGUUAAUACACCUAACAGCUGUAAAUUCUUUCUCUUAAAGAAACCCUGAAAUACCACCUAUAAAGAUUGUCCACAGGUAAUUCACCAACAAAAAACAAGGAGCAAAACCACACGUGAAGCCAUCUCUUAAAAAAAUCAAAACUGGUGCCAAAUGGUAUUAAAAGCCAGCCAUGCAAUAAUGAUUACGACAAAUGACAAACUACUGUUCAAUACAUCACAGGCUUCAAAGGUUAAUUAACUGGCCUUCAUCUAAGCUUUCCCACACUUGAUUUUUUUCAUGAUGCAUUUGCUUGAAUGAAGGCCUGAGCCUGCCACCUAGAUAUUGUUAAAAAUGCCAGGUGAAGGCUGGGGUUUGGGUUAGGAACUCAGCGAUGCAUCCACGGCCAGGAGUGCAUCAUCCCCCAUCUCAUACUUCACACAGUGUGACUUGCACAAAAUUCCUGCCAAAAAUAAUUUCAAAAAAAGCUAAUUUAACCAAGUGCUAUGACCCUGACCUGACAAGUGUAUUCUCCUCUGCCUGUGCUCCACCUGCCUCUCUGGGGUCAGACCAGAAACAGAAACUUCUGCUCCAACCACACUGGGACACUUCUCCCCUCCAAAGUUCUAAUGUUGUAAACCAGACCAGCACUGCUGGAGUCUGAGACACAAAGUGUGUGCCCUUCCUUCUGAUGCUUAGCUCUAAGAUCCAGAAAAACAAUGAAUUUCAUAGAACAUGAAAUUUAUGAGAAUGUUUUCAUGUGAUACAUGAAAACAAUUGUUAAAGCUAGAUAGAAAAAGCCAAAACUGUGAGUGUGUAAAUUAGAUUUCUUAAGUCACUGGGUGAAAAAGUUAAAGUUUAGAGUUUAAAAUAGUUUAGAAAGCAGAAGACAAGAUGGAGGAUUUAGUGUUGUUUCUUUUACUUCUUCAUGUUCUUCUAGAGGUUUUUGGGUAAUAGUAAGUGAUUGGAUAGAAAAUGCUGCAGUGCAGCACACAGGUGUUGGGUCAUUGGGUCAUUAAGAAAAGUAAUAUACGUGUCUAUUGUUAAUAGUAUAAUAUAUAAUAUAUAUGAGUAUAAAGAUAAAAGAACUGUGUGGUUCGGGGCCAUUUUGCAUCUUCAAAGGCCUAAGUGAGCCACAAGGCCAUUUUGUACCAUCAGAACGAAAUGAGCCAGAUUGCAGUGAAUUGAACUUGUACAGACAGUCUGGAGAGACCUGCCAAGUUUUGUGAUAACAUCCUAAUAAACACGAGAAACAAGAUCCUAACAGGCUUUGGAGUUUUUGUCCUGACCCAGAGGACUGUGAUAAGUGGGACUCCCCGUGAGGGAGUAUCCCCAAGGAGCUCAGCUCAGAGAAGCUGAGAAAUCCAAGAGUGAAAAGAAUCACAGAAGAAGCACAGGAGCAGAAUUCAGAGAGAAAAAAGAAACAAAAAUAAUUUUUUUAAAAAGUUACACAGCACCAUCAAUGUCUUGUCUGCUAAUUGCUGUGAGGAACAAUCUCUCUGGAGCUCCUAGAACUGACAAACUGCUCUUUAAUUCUUCCUUACACCUCAGAUUUUUAUUAGGUUUUUUUGGCCUGUGCUGGCUGAACAGAUUUGGAUGUGGCAAUAAGGGUUUUUUUUCCAACAGGCCACAGCCACUGGCACCAAAAAACCCCCCUACUUGGUGAUCGUGGCUCUGCAGCAAUGCUUUGCCUUGGGCAUAGGAUAAAUAUUUGUGUUUUAACCAAACAGUGGUGGGGUUACAAAGCCACUGGUUUCUGCAGAGAGACAACAAAGUCACAAGGGCCCAUGUGAGGUUUGAUAAUGGUGGGAAAGGUUUGAUAAUGGUUAGGAAAGACUAAGCUGGGAGUUUCCUGGGAAAGAACAAUACCAGCUGAGAGUUGGGGCCCUCAUUUCCUGAGCGAUCAGGAGAGAGUCUGUUCUGCUCAUAAAGAUACCAAAUUUUUGACAACAUUUCCCAGUAGUUCUUUUGUUUAAUGAUGGUGUAAAUGAAGAUGAGUGCUAAAAGUCCAGCCUUCAACACAGGUGUUAUUUUCAGAGACAUGAGGUUUGGGUCAGUACAGGGCUGGAGCACUGCACCAGCUGUAAGGGGUCAGUGCCUCAGGGUGGAGCUUGCUCCCCCCUGUUCCUUGGGGAAGGCCAACACAGAGGCAAAACAUGACAGACCAUUCCUGAGGAUGCUCCAUUUCUGCAGGAUGGGGUGGACCCAUCACUAGCAAAGCAAGGGAAGCUCAGCCAGGAAGAGCAGCAAACAUGGGAAAAUAAUCCUGAGUCUCCAGAGCUGCCCUGGGAAGAAUGGGCAUGAUGUCCACCAUGCUCCCGAGGAAAAGCAGCUCUGCAAAGACAGCACCUGGGAAUGACUGGGAGGGUGGGGAACACCCUCC